AUGGCUUCGGGUAGAUCCAUAAAUAACAACCAGUCUGCGUAUAGAGCACAGCUUUCUCAAAUGUUCUUAGACCCAGCUGGGAAGAUGACUCAGACUCACCCACCACGAACCACCACCACCAACAACAAUUUCACCGCUCAAAGCUUGAUCGGAAAACGAUCGCUUGCUGAUUUUCAAGCGCAUCAUCAGCAAAACUAUCAACAGCAAGGUAACAUAAACCCAGCGCUGAAUGGUCUUCUUCUACGGUCAGUUAAGCCAAGGAUGUACCAACACACAUCUCCAAUAUCAACUCUUUCUCCGAUCGAAUUCUCAGCCAAUUCCUCGCCGGAAUUGCCGUCUUUUUCGUCUCAUCAGCGUUAUGGUGUGCCUCUGCUUCAACAGCUCAGGCCGCAGAACAUUAAUCUUGGGUCUGGAGGAGUACCCACCAUUCACUCUGUUAAUAAUCACCUCUCAUCCGGUGUGCUUAAUUACAUGAACACGCUCCAACAUAGUAAUCGCGGCGGCGGUGGAGGAGGAGCGGUUAACAAUAACGGAGGACAAGACACACAAAAGAAGAUGAUGGACACAUUACAAGAGCUAGAAAAACAGCUUCUCGAUAAUAACGAGGAAGACGAAGGUGUCGCAGUUUCCGUUAUAACUAACGGUACUGACAGCGAGUGGUCGGAAACUAUACAGAAUCUCAUGACUUCUUCGAAUCCAAACCCCAACCCGAAUCCGAACCCGAUUUCUCCAUCGCCUACAUCUUCCUCCUCCUCGUCAUCAACUUCAGUAACGACUCCAGCUCCCAAUUGCUCUAAACAAACACUAAUAGAAGCUGCUUCAGCCAUUUACGACGGCAAUGGACUUAGAGGGAAAUAG